AGGCAUCAGCAGGCAGCCCGAGGCAGCGCAAUGUCAAUGGCGAGUGUUUGACUUUUAGAGGCGAACAACAAGUGAAAAAUUGCGAGACUGAGACCACGCACUGGGCCGCACGGAGGCAGGACAAUGUCCAAGCGGCACUCGAACGAGAUCGUGCACGAGGGAUGGCUGACCAAGUCGCCGCCGACGCAGCGCCUGUGGCGCGCCGUCAGCAGGUGGCGGCGCCGCUGGUUCGUGCUGCGACAGGGCGACCUGCCCGCACAGUACUGGCUCGAGUAUUACACGGACAAGAAGUGCCUCAAACUCAAGGGCCGCAUCGACCUGGACCAAUGCGAGCAGGUUGACGCUGGAAUCGAGAGUCCGGCGCACCUGCGGGUCAAGUGCCGGGAGAACCUGUUCGACCUGAAGACGCCGCGACGGACGUACUACCUGGCGGCGGACUCGAAGGUCGAGAUGGACAAGUGGGUGGAGUGCGUGUGCCGAGUGUGCGGCCUCCGGGCCGAGAUGGACGCCACCUUCGGCUCCGUGGAGGUGGAGGAGCUCUCGUUCCCGCCCCUGACCGACCCUGAGCCGCCCUCUCAGAGCUCAGGGUCGACGCCAUACAUUUUCAUCAGCGAGUGCUACUCAGGGCAGCCGCCACCUGGCGUGCUGACCAAACAACUCGAGGCCCAGGUCGCUUCAAUGACUUCCAGGGGCCAGAAGCCGACGCGCCUCUUUGACGCGCCGCACCCUGUCGAUGACUUCUACGACCAACCGCGCACCCUCGCUGCCCCCGUUUCCCUCGCGCAGGCAGACGACGACGUCUUCACCUGGGACGUCGCCAGGGCGCCCUCUGUCAACUGGAACACCUUCCCCAGGGACAGCGUCUCCGAACUCAGCUUAAAACGGGCGUCUGAGAGCUCGGAGGCGUCAACGACAGAAGAGCAGCCGAGUUCUGCGGAGCUGGGCUCUCUGGUGGCCGCUCAGCGCUUCAGCAGGGCGAUCGGGGGCGGCAACGGCGGCGGCGGCGAGGAGGUGUCGGCGCCGCCACGCCCACCGAAGCCGUCGCACCUGGCCGAGGUGCACAGCUACCUGAACAUCGAGAGCGUGCUGGAGAACCGGGCGAGCGCGCCGACGCGUCCGGCGCCGCGCAGCCCCGACUGCCUGGACGAGAUGUACGACUUUCCGCGGCAGCACCCAGCCGCCGGCCGCAACUGCUACUCGAACGCGGCGGCCACGACGUCCUCCUCGUCCUCGACGGCCACCGGCACCGUCUUCCAGUUCGAGGUGCACGAGACCUCGGAGGAGCCCGGCACGCCGCGCUCCGAGGACGACUCUGAAGAGCUGGGCAGUCCGCCGCCCCCGCCCUCGGUGCACCGCGACCUCAAGCCCCGCAGGAGCGAGCCAAGCCCCUCGCCCGCCCCCUGCGUCGACCGUGCCCUCAAGCCGAGGCGGCGAAACGCCCCUGACAGCCCCGACGAGCAAGCUUUCACCCUGGCCGCCCCGCCGACCCAGAGGGGCGCUGAGGGCCGCCAGCGGAGGCAGAGGGCCGCCCCCAGCCCCACGCCCCCCGGCACGUUCGGACCUGUCGGCGCUUUUUUCCACGGAAACUCGUGCUCUGAAGAAUCCGACGAAGAGCAGAACUUUUUUCACAUCGUGAACAACAAAUUCGUGCCGUCGAGCAAGGGUCUGGACAAGCUGAAGUACCUGGACCUGGACCUGGAGAUGGGCGGCGCGAGCGGCGGACUGGCGAGUCGGCAGCCGAGCAAAAGCACUCUGUCGCUCGGCCCGCCGACCAUUUACAACACGGUCGACUUUGUGAAGACACAGGCCUUCAACCGCACGCGCAAGGAAGUGGAGAGCCUGCGCCAGCUGCCUCAUUGAACACUCGUCGCAUCUCGCUACUGAAAACUAAAAUUCUGUGCCUUGUCUUCUUCGCUGAACGAACGCUGCGACCACUUCUUAGCUUAACCGAUUUCUUAGGUUUGCUUUUUGAACUCCAAGUAUCGGACGAAAUGCCGGACAGCGAACAAAUUGAAAUAAUUUAUGUAAUUUAAGUGUCUGGUAUCUGAUUAAAUAAAGUGGAAGGAAGCUUCGUUCGCCAUGUCCCCUGGUGAUCAAGGAUUCGCUGCCCUCACAAUCGCAGCGAGUCGCGAUAUUCAGCAUAAUAUUAGACGUGUCUAAAGAUUAACUAACUUCUAUGCAUAAAUAAAUAUAUCUAUAUAAUAAAUAUAC